AUGGCAGCUGCAGAGGCUGGCGCGAGUCUGCAGCUGCAGCAGGAAAUUGCUGCUGUGUUUGCUUCUGCUGGCAGCAGCAGCAACGAGGUGCAGCAGCAAGUUGCUGCUGCUCUCAGCCGCAUCAGCGAAAUCCCCAAGGUGUACAUACACUACGCAGCAAUCCUCGGCAGCUGUCAGUACACCCCAGACGUGCGCCAGGUCGCGGGCCUUAGCCUCAAGUCCGCGCUGCAGCGGCAGCAGCAGCUGCAGCAGCAGGAGCUGCAGCAGCUGCUGCCGCCGCUGCUGCUGGCGCUGCAGGAGCAGGCGCGGCCGCUGCGGGCUGCAGCGGGGUCUGCGGUCACGGCGCUGGUUUGCUGCCAGCAGCUGCAGCAGCAGGAGCUGCAGCAGCUGCUGCAGCAGCUGCUGCUGCUGCUGGACUCCCCCAACGGGGAUGUGGCGGAAGCAGCUCUCAGCACCUUGUCGAAGAUAACGGAGGAUUUGCUGCAGGGGGUGCGUCUGCAGCAGCUGGAGCAGCAGCAGCUGCAGCAGCAGCAGCAGCAGCAGCUGCUGGUGUUCAUCCCGUGGGCGCAGCAGCAGCUGGUGCCGCGGCUGCUGCGCGAGGCGACCCCGCCCGCCGCUGCUGCGGCCCCCCCGCAGCAGCAGCAGCAGCAGCAGCAGCAGCAGCAGCAGCAGCAGGCCGUGUACACUUUAAACCUCAUUUCUGCUGCUCAAGGCUUCUGCGAAGGGGCCCCCUUUGCUUCCUUCUUUGGAGACUACUGGGGGGCCCUGGGGUCUCUUGCUGCAGCAGCAAAUCCCAAGACACAGCGCGCAGUUAUCUAUGGGAUUCUGCAGGUGCUGGAGAAGCAGCCAGCAGCAGCAGCAGCAGCAGCAGGGCCUCUCGCGGACUUCUUCAUUCGCUGCCUCCGCGCUGAAGACUACCAGCUGAAGCAGGACGCUCUCGAGUUCUGGCCGGCUAUACUGCGGGAAGCUUCAAACUCUGGCCCGGAGCAGCAGCAGCACGUGCUGCAGCAGCUGCGGCUGCGGCUGCCGCAGCUAAUUCCUUUGCUGGUGGCCAACACGAUAUAUACAGAGACUGACUUCUUAAAUAUGGAUGCAUCUCAACUAGAAGAAGAUAAUGCUGCAACAGCAGACGACGCGCAAGACGUGGCGCCGCGGUUUCACCGCAGCAGGGACCCAGCAGCAGCAGCAGCAGCAGCAGCAGCAGCAGCAGGGGACUCUGCUGCAGCAGCAGAAGAGGAAGAAGAAGAUGCAGCAGCAGCAAGAGGCACUUGGGGAGAUAGUUGGAGUGUAAGGAAAGGAAGUGCUUUGGCUCUGGACCAUUUUGCUGCUGUUUUCAAAGACGAAGUGCUGCCGUUUGUGCUGCCGCUGAUCGAGGAGGGCCUGCAGCAGCAGCAGCAGCAGCAGCAGCAGCAGCAGCAGCAGCAGCAGUGGCUGAAGCAGGAAGCAGCAGUUCUUUCGCUGGGAGCUGUUGCUCAUGGCUGCCAAGAGGCCCUCAGCCCCCACCUGCAAACAGUUUUGCUUUAUUUGCUGCAGCUCUCGAAGCACCCCAAGCCGUUGCUGCGGAGCAUAUCCUGCUGGUGUAUAUCCCGCUACGCGUCCUGGCUGUGUCAGCUGGAGCACGAGCAGCAGCAGCAGCAGCAGCAGCAGCAGCAGCAGGGAGUCGGGGGCGGGGGCUCUCCGUCUUCUUCUCAGCCGCAGCCGCCGUCGGGAGCAGCGCAGCAGCAGCAGCAGCAGCAGCAGCAGGAGAGCCUGUUCGGGCAGGUGCUGCAGCAGCUGCUGCAGCGGCUGCUGGACCGCAACAAAAGAGUCCAGGAAGCAGCAUGUUCAGCUUUUGCUGCUAUAGAAGAUGAAGCUCGGGAGCUGCUGGUGCCUUAUUUGCAGGCAGUUCUUGCUGCGCUGCAGCGGGCUUUGCAUCUUUAUCAGACGAAAAACAUGCUAAUUCUCUGCGACGCUCUGGGCACUUUGGCUGAAGGUGUGGGGCCCCACAUGUGCUGCUCCCUCGGCAGCAGUUUGCUGCUGGAUUUGCUGCAGCUCAGCCAGCAGACGCAGCCGGGGCAGCCGCUGUGUCUGGCCCUCAGUGAAGCUGCUGUUCUGUCCAGGGCUGCUGCUGGUGGGCCUGGGGCCGCUGCUCUUGCCCCCCAACAGCAGCAGCAGCAGCAGCAGCAGCAGCAGCAGCAGCAGCAGCAGCAGCAGGUUUUGCUGCUUGUGUCUGCAGCUUUUGCUCCUUACGCGCCUGUAGUUUUGGAUUUGUGUCAGCAGCGAAUGAGUCAAGUGCUGCAGCAAAUCGAAGCCCAAAACCAGGGAGACACUGUCAGCCUUUUUUCUUUUUUCUCCUUUUUGUCUUUUUAA